GCUGAAAGGACGACAAGGAUGCCCAGACAGAGACUUAUUGCUUCAGAGAGCGAUGUCAGCAUUGAAGUGAAUGAUGAUGCCAUUAACCAUGAGGCGGAGGUGGAUGAAAAGACCGAAGAAGAACCGAAAAGGAAGAAGGUCACUAAAAAAAGAAAGAAUCGCAAGAAUCAGGGGACGAAGAAACUACAAGAAGAAGAUGACGGGGAUGGGAUGAGCAGCAUGAAAAGGACUUCCAGGAAUGUCAAAAAUGAAAAAGGAACAGAGCGUAAAGAAACGAAAGACGAAGACGAGGAGCAAAACGAAAAGAAAGAAAGGAAGAACAGAAAACUGAAGAACGAGAAGAAGAAAGAGACAAAGAAAGUAGAGACAACCUCUGAGGAGGAGUCAUCUGAGGAAGAGGAGGAGGAGAAGGAAGAGGAGGGGGUGGAUAAUGAUGAAGGAGAUGAAGGUAUAUUGGGCUCUUUGUCACCAGAGGAAUUGGAGAAACUGAAGGAGGCAGUGGAUGAAAAGAAGAAGCUCAUUAUCACUCUGAGAGCAAAACCAUGGCCCAUGAGGAAAAAACUCCUCACUCUGAGGGAGUCUCAGAGGUUUGUGGAGAAAUAUGAAGGGGCUCUGGGCAAGGGCAAAGGCAGGAAACUCUACGCCUACAAGGUCAUGAUGAUGAAGAAAUGGAUGAAGUUUCAGCGUGACUUUGAAAACUUCAAGACGGCAUGCAUCCCUUGGGAAAUGAAAAUAAAGGAAAUUGAAAGUCAUUUUGGCUCAUCUGUGGCCUCGUACUUCAUAUUUCUGCGGUGGAUGUAUGGUAUUAACAUGAUCCUCUUUGGUCUGACGUUUGGUUUGGUCAUGGUUCCAGAGGCACUGAUGGGAAAACCGUAUGGGAGUUUGCCCAGGAAGACUGUACCCAGAGUGGAGCAGGCCAGUGCCAUGGACUUUGCUGUCUUAUGGGACUUUGGGGGAUAUGCAAAGUACUCAGUCCUCUUCUAUGGCUACUACAACAACCAGCGUGCCAUUGGCUGGCUUAAGUUCCGCAUGCCCCUGUCUUACUUCCUGGUUGGGGUGGGCACAGUGGCCUACAGCUACAUGGUGGUCAUUAGAACGAUGGCAAGGAAUGCCAAUGAACAAGGGGGUGGAGAUGACACCAGUUUCAACUUCAGCUGGAAGAUAUUCACCAGCUGGGAUUACCUCAUCGGUAAUCCAGAAACAGCUGAUAACAAGUUCGCCUCCAUCACUACCAGUUUCAAGGAGGCUAUUGUGGAGGAGCAAGAGAGCAGGAAAGAUGACAACAUCCACCUGACCAGGUUUCUGAGAGUUCUGGCGAAUUUCUUGGUAAUGUGCUGCCUGGCUGGCAGCGGGUACCUGAUCUACUUUGUGGUGAGACGGUCCCAGAAGUUUGCUCUGGAGGGACUUGAAAACUAUGGUUGGUGGGAAAGGAACGAGGUAAAUAUGGUGAUGUCACUGCUGGGAAUGUUCUGUCCGAUGUUAUUUGACGUGAUCAGUACCCUGGAGAACUACCACCCCCGCAUUGCCCUGCAGUGGCAGCUGGGACGGAUCUUCGCCCUUUUCCUCGGAAACCUCUACACCUUCAUCAUUGCCCUGAUGGAUGCUAUUAACCUAAAGAGAGCAGAGGAAGAAGUGGUGAAAAUGAAUAUGACCAUAUGGAUGGCUAGUCUGUAUAAUGGAAGCCUGCCAGAGAAUACCACAGCAUCCAUGAUCGCAGUCGACCCAGCAGACGUCCCCCGCGGCCCAUGCUGGGAGACAAUGGUGGGACAGGAGUUUGUCCGUCUCAUUAUAUCUGACACCAUGACAACCUACAUCAUGCUGCUGACUGGUGACUUCCUGAGGGCGGUACUAGUGCGUUUCCUGAACCACUGCUGGUGCUGGGAUCUUGAGUAUGGCUUCCCCUCAUACUCAGAGUUUGACGUCAGUGGAAAUGUGCUGGGACUCAUCUUCAAUCAGGGAAUGAUAUGGAUGGGUGCUUUCUAUGCCCCCUGUCUGCCGGCCCUGAACGUCCUGCGUCUGCACGUCUCCAUGUACCUGCAGUGUUGGGCUGUGAUGUGCUGCAAUGUUCCUCAGGAGAGAGUCUUCAAAGCCUCUGGCUCCAACAACUUCUACAUGGCUAUGCUUCUCGUCAUCCUUUUUCUUUCCACCCUUCCUGCCAUCUAUACCAUCGUAACCAUCCCCCCGUCCUUUGACUGUGGACCCUUCAGUGGCAAGAACAGGAUGUUUGAUGUGAUUCAGGAGACGUUGGAGACUGAUUUCCCUGCCUGGUUUGGGAAAGUUUUUAGCUACGCCUCGAACCCUGGCCUGGUCCUUCCUUUCAUACUAGUCAUGGUUCUGGCAAUCUAUUACCUGCAGUCUACCUCUAAAACCUACAAGCAAGCCAACAUUGAGCUUAAGAAGAAACUUCAAACACAAAAUGAAGAGAACAAAAAGAAGAAUAAACUCGCUGCUCAAAAGGCAGCUGAUGAUUUGAAAGAGGCCAAGAACACAGCAUCUCAGCUCCUGUCCACACAGACCAAUAACAAUGCCUCAGACCCAGGUGAGAAUUCACACUCUAACAUCAUGACCUCGUCAGUCAAAACACUAAGUCGACUUAAUGAAGAUGGCAGAGAGAACAAUACACAGGCCAGCAUGGACGCUACACACAUACACGCUCAUCACACGCUGCUCGAGGAACAUCAAACCCCCACUCCCCUCACACACGACCCCCCGUUGCACGGAGUCAUCUACCCGGUCACCCACGACAACCAGAGCCAACAACGCAGAGGGGCUCACAUUUUCAGAGACGCUGAUUUCCAUGUAGACGCUCACCCGGGGAUGCUGACGUCUGUUCGACAAAACUAA